UUAUUGUCGUUGUUGUUGUUUUACUAAGUUGUUUUCCCGUAUCUAUUUGAAAUUGGUUUUAUUUCUUUUCGAUAUGAUUUCCUUUGAUUUUUGGUUGAGUGAUGACGAGAGUGAUAACGAAAACAACGCUACACUUGUGCGACUGGAACGGCGGAAAUUAAGAGACAAAAGUAAUCCUCUUGAAAUACCACAUGAUGCGUUUGUAAAAUAUUUCCGCGUCUCGAAAGAUCUCUUCAGGCAUCUGCUCAACAUAGUUGAGGGCAAACUAGGAGUGACUUCUGGAUCUUCAUCGGUGCUUCCAAUAACAAAGCUAUCAGCAGCAUUGAGAUUCUUUGCUAAAGGUGGUUAUCAGAAGGGCGUAGGAAAUGAUUUGUUUGCAGGAAUGGCACAACCUACACUAUCGAACGCUUUAUCGUCGAUAAUUGCCGUUUUAGAACGUGAAGUUUGUCCGACUGCCAUACAGUUUCCUAUGAAUGAGGAGGAAAUAAAUGCAAUCAAACUUGCUUUCUACGAGAAAACCGGAUUCCCAGGUGUAAUAGGAUGUGUAGACGGAACACACAUUCGGAUUAUUUCCCCUAGUGCUGAUUUGCAGCAUCUUUAUUAUAACAGGAAAGGAUUUCACAGUUUGAACGUCAUGCUGGUCUGUGAUCAUAAGCACAUGAUUCGUUACGUGGAUGCCAACAACCCAGGCUCUAACCAUGAUUCGUUCAUCUGGAAUAAAAGUCCUUUAGAUGCCAUGCUUAAUGAGAGGUUCCAAAAUGGCGAAAGAAAUACGUGGCUUUUAGGAGAUGCAGGGUAUCCUUUGAAACCUUACUUAGUGACACCCUUUCGCACUUCUAUCAGCACACCAAGUUCACAAAGGCAAACUAAGUUUAAUGAGAUGCAUUCGAAAACAAGGAUGAUUGUAGAGAGAACCAUCGGAGUGCUGAAAAACGUUUUUCGAUGCACUUUAGGCGCUCGUCAGCUGCACUACAAGCCAGAGAAAGCAGCCCGAAUUGUGAACGUGUGUUGUGCUUUACACAAUCUUCGACUGCAAUUCAAUGUACCGAUUGAUGAACAAAAUUGGCUGCCGAUAGUAAAUAAUGAAGUCAUCGAUGCCACGCCAAGUGAUGCAGUUAACUUAUCAGCCAAUGACAUUCGGCAACAAAUAAUGAACUCAAUCGCUUAAAAUUAUUAUAGCUUUUUAAAAAUUGACUUUUGUUUUAAGUUAAGACAACCAACUUUGUAAACUUGUUUUACUGCAUAUUUUUACUUGUUUCUGUAGCUACGAAGACAUA